AUGCUGCCAUCCGUUGAUGCCGCCUUAGCUGUUGGCUAUCGCUUGUUACGGCCAGGUUCUAAUUUAAUGAGGCCGAGCUUGGACGGGCUCUUGAGGUACAAUGGCCCUUCACACCAUAAUCUUCGACGGAAAAAUGUCUUUAUAGCAACAAAGCUGUAUCCGAGUGGAAGUGAUAACUUCUUUGUAGAAUCAGAUGACAAAAUCAAGGACUUUCUCAAUAAUCUUCGCACUGACUACAUGGAUAUGCUGCUUAUUUAUUUUCCAAAGACGAAAGAAACGGAACUGGAUAGUCCCAACAAUGCCAUACAUCGAAGGAUACCUACUUAA